CUCUGCAGACUUUGAGGUAACAGUGAGAUUGCUCUGUGUUGUGCCGGCUGCUGGUUCUGUGAAAUAGGAAGGAUGAAUAAGAAGCUGGUUUCGGUUUUUCUGCCUUUGCUGCUUUGUCUGGUUGGUGUCAUUGGAAUAAUACUGCUGUGUGCCCCUUCCAAGGAUGUGAAGGAUUCCCCUAAGCACAAGUAUGGAAUUGUAUUUGAUGCUGGAUCAUCUCAUACCUCCAUGUUUAUUUACAAGUGGCCUGCAGAUAAGGAGAACGACACUGGCAUUGUGAGUGAACACAGCCAUUGCAGUGUAGAUGGUGGUGGAAUCUCCAGCUAUUCAAACCGUCCAGAAGGUGCAGGACAAAGUCUUCUUGCAUGCCUGAAUCAGGCAAAGAGAGACAUCCCUGAAAAUCGGCAUCCAGAAACCCCCAUUUAUCUUGGCGCUACAGCAGGCAUGCGACUACUCAACAUAACCAGCCCACAAGACUCAGAACUGGUCUUCAAUGCUGUAAAAAGGACCAUCAAAUUAUACCCUUUUGACUUUCGAGGUGCGAAGAUCCUAUCUGGUCAGGAAGAAGGCUUGUUUGGCUGGGUAACAGUCAACUAUCUCUUGGAGAACUUUGUCAAGUAUGGCUGGAUUGGGCAGUGGAUCAGCUCUAAGAAACCCACAGUUGGUGCUAUGGACCUUGGAGGAGCCUCGACCCAGAUCACAUUUGUAACAGAUGAAAACAUUCAGAAUCCUAGCGAUGAAUUGCGACUACGUCUCUAUGGUCAGAACUAUAAAGUAUAUACCCACAGCUUUUUGUGUUAUGGACGUGACCAGAUCCUUAGGAGGGUCUUAUCAAAAGUGUUAAAGGCUAAUAACUAUGGUGAUAAUACAGUGAACCCUUGUUGGCCACGUGACUACAACCAAACUGUUGUUUUGGAACAUGUUUAUGAUUCAUCUUGUACAGCAGAAGAGAGACCAUCUCCAUUCGAUAAAACAAAGAAAGUGAUGGUUUCUGGAUCACAGGAUGCAGCUGCAUGCAGAGCACAUGUGGAAAGCAUGAUCGAUCUCACCACCUGCACGUAUACCAAUAAAAUGUGUUCUUUAGAUGGGGUGUUUCAACCAGCCCUCUCAGGAAACUUUAUGGCUUUCUCUGCAUUCUUCUACACAGUGGAUUUUCUCAAAAUUGCAACAAAAAGGAAAUUGCUGACUCCCAAAGACCUAGAGGAGGCAGUGAAUGAAGUCUGCAACUCAACUUUCGCACAGCUGAAAGAGAAAGUACCAGAUCAGGAGAAGAGGCUUGCUGACUACUGCGCCGUAGGUUCUUUUGUUGACGUGUUGAUUACAAAGGGCUACAAGUUUGAUGACAACACAUUCAACAGCAUCUCUUUUCAGAAGAAGGCUGGUGAUACUUCAAUUGGCUGGGCUCUUGGCUACAUGCUAAACCUGACAAAUAUGAUUCCAGCAGAAGAGCCUGCCUACAGAAAGAGCAUCGAAUAUGGAUCAUGGACCAUACUUGUGAUUUUGUAUGUUGUUGUGAUUGUCCUUGCUUUGCUAAUAGUAUUAUGUCAGCUGCAGUCUGGAAAAAGCCAGGCACCCAUUUAAUGAAAAAGCAGUAGCAUGAACUUGGCUGCAGGGAAGCAUCAGUUAAUCUGUUUCAGUAUAUUGACACUCUUCUUCCAGAAGGACCUUAUCAGAAGACUGAUGAAUUAGCAACAUCACCUCGGAAACCACAGUGCUUUGCAUUGUAAUCUGACUGUUUCUUUUAUGCUACAAUGGAAGCUUUUAUUUCAGUCUUUGGUUUUAAACUUCAGUGGCACAGAUUUUUCUGAUGUCUGCUUUUCUUUCCUAUGCGAAUAAGCAUCUUAGAUUGACCAACAAAGGGAGUGGUUCUUUGCUUUAAUUAAAAUGCCUUAUGCCUUAUAAAGUGACUUGUUACACAUAUCAGUAAGAUAACGUUAGCAGAGAAUAAACUGCAUUGAUAUUUCUAUUAGUGGCCAUUAUGAGUGUGGUGGUGGGAUUGAAUAUUUGUUUUUGAGGUAAAUUGCCAGGAAGCAAAGAAGAAAACCUAAGAAAACCAGUUGUUUGAGUAAUGACAUCAUUGUUUUACAGGAUCUAACUAAGCAUUAUGUUGCUUACCGCUUUGCUGUAAUGGAUGACAUUUCACUCAUGGGGUACAACAGUUUAGAAGGCAGAGAAAAAUAGCUGGUAGGAAAUUUUCCUGUCUAAAAGUAACACUGGAAGAAAGCUUACCUUAAUUAGGAAGAACACAGUCUUCUGUCUAAACAGAAGCUGUCCAUGUAUUGUGUUGCUGUAUCUGAUAACCAUUUUCAGUCCUUAAUUGUUAACAUUGGUAUUACAUCAUCUGCAACAUUGAUGUCAAAGGUAACUUAUGGCAGCUGAGUGUUUCUUGGCUGCCCUUUCUGCUAAUGUCAGCACAAAUGGAACACUGGAUGUAUAAAAUUCAAAGCAGAGCAUCACUGUGAUCCUUGCUGUAUUAAUAUUUGUACUUCACAUAUUUCCUACAGGAUCACUGAUGCAAUGAUAAGUGAUUUUAGUUUUUUUUCCCCAUAAUUGCUAUCAUUUGUUAUCAGAGUUACCUGAUUUUGCUGUUGUUCUAUACAACAGAUUUAUUUUUCAUGCUGCAUUAUUUGUUUUUGGACCAUCCUCUGACUGUAAUGUUAUGAUGCCUGCAGUAGCAGUGCUUCUAAUAGCUGAUGCUGUCAUUUUGUCGAGGGAGUUAAAAGUAAUAGUAUGUAGUGAAUCUUUUUUACUUGUCUGUAGCAUGCUGCUUAAGUGCAGUUUUGUGAAAUAUUUGUUUUUAAGUCUAGUUAACUUGUUAUUAUUUUUAUAUUUUCUUAUAAUAAAGUAUACAAAUAUUGUAACAUAA